AUUUCUCUCUCUCUCUCUAAAACCUUAAAAAUCCCCAAAGCCCCUCUCACUCUGUCUCUGUCUCUGUCACGUAACUCCCCUCUUUCUCUCACUCUCUGUCUUUUCUCUCCUCAAUCCGAAAUUUCACAGACGCCGAUGUCGGAAUCACCGAAGCUCUCUCGGCGCACGUGACUCGCACGGCCUCGUCAGACCUCAGAAUUUUCCUGCAUUGGCUGACCUCCGUCAGCUGGUGAUCUGUGCUUUGUUUUAGCUGCAGGGUGUGUGUGUGUAAUCAAGUACAUGGGGGAUUGUGGGGGGUUUUGGGUUGAGUGAAGCAAUUUGAAGGGGAAAGUGGAACUGGGUUUUUGUGGGUUUUGUUAGAGAUGAAAGAGGGGUUGAGAUCUGGCAAGUUUAAGGUUGAGAAAGAAAAGGGUUCUUUGAAGCAAACAGUGGUGGGAAACAAAGGGGAUGAGGAAACCCCACAUUUGGUUUUGGACGGUGGGGAUGGACCGGAAUUUGAUCAUGUGGGUGAGACUGGGAAUGGUGGUGGUGUUGUUGAGAGGAAAAAGGUGAAUGGUCAAGUGCCAAUUGUUGGCAGGGUUCUGCGGUCACGGGUUGUGGCGAAUGGUGGUGGUGAGGGAGUAGGGGAGACUGGGAAGAAGAGGAGGUUGGUGGAUAAUGGGGAUGAUAAGAAGGGGAAGGAAGAAAAGGUGGGAGGUCAAGUGGGGAUUGCUGGUAGGGUUCUGCGGUCGCGGACUGUGGUGAAUGGUGGGGGUGUCAAGGUGGAGAGUGAUGGUGGGGAGAUGGAGGAUGUGGGAGUUGUGGAGAAAAGGAAGAGGCGGAGGUUGGUUAAGAAGGGUGAAAAUGUUGUUGAUGAUGGUCUUGAGAAGAAGAAGGGGAAGGAAGAGGGGGAUGGUAAAGUGCUGAAUGCUGGCCGGGUUCUGCGGUCACGGACUGUGGUGAACGGUGAGUGUGAUAAGGCGGAGAGUGGUGGUGAUAAGGCGGAGAGUUGUGGUGAUAAGGCGGAGAGUGAUGGUGGUAAGGCAGAGAGUAAUGGUGAUAUGGCGGAGAGCGGUGGUGAUAAGGCGGAGAGUGGUGGUGUUAAGGCAGAGAGUGAUGGUGGUAAGGCAGAGAGUAAUGGUGAUAUGGCGGAGAAUGGUGGUGAUAAGACAGAGAGUGAUGGUAAUAAGUCAGAGAGUGAUGGUGUUAAGACAGAGAGUGAUGGUGAUAGGGCAGAGAGUGAUAGUGAUAUGGGUGAGAAAGAAAAUGUGGAAGUAGCUGAGUUUGGGAAGAAAAGUAGGUUUGUUGGUAAUGGUGGUGGCGUGGAGAAAAACAAGGUGAAGGAAACAGAGGUGGGUGGUAAAGCUCCAGUUGCUGGUCGGGUUCUGCGGUCACGGACUGUGGUGAAUGGUGGAUUUAUGGCAGAGAGUGAUGGUGCUCUGGUUAGGGAAAGCAGACGGAAGGAUGUGUCUCACAAGAAGUUCAGUGAUGUGAAAAAUGAAGGAGAGGAUCAGUUGGUUACAGGGUUUACAAAGAAGUUGAAAGGUAAGCGUGGGAGACCACCCAAGGUGAAAAAAGAAGAAAAUGGGAGGUCGGGUGAUGGACUCAGGAAGUUGAAAGGUAAGCGUGGGAGACCGGUGAAAAAAGAAAGGGAAGAGAGUGAUCUCUUGGAUGGUCGGUUGAGAAAGAAGUUAAGAUCUGGGCAGAAUAGUAGUGAGAAUUUGAAAGGAAAUCUUGACGAGGAAGGAAAUGUGUACUUCAAAAGAAAAUCGGGUUCAAAGUCACAAGAAAGAGUGAAACCAAGUACAGUAACUAAUGAUUCAUACCUGGAAAGGAAGAGGAUUAGGAAAGAAUUGGAUGUGAAGGCCUCUUCUCAAGUUAAAAGGGAUACAAAAGGAAGAUAUGUGGAGAGUGAGGACAGUGAGGAUGGGGAUGAACAUAAAGAACCGAAACAAAAACAAAGCGGAGAUAAUAAACAGAGAAGCAAGUCGAAGGAUGGCAUACGUGAGCUAAAACAGGCAGUGAGUGAAAAAAUAGUGAAAAUGAUUCUGGCUGCAGGCUGGACGGUCGAGCGUAGGCAGAGGAAUGGCAGAGAAUACAUGGAUGCAGUGUAUGUAUGUCCAGCAGGAAAGACUCACUGGUCAGUAACCAAGGCUUACAAUGCUUUUAAAGUGGGUUGUGAAAAUGGCGAUCCAAUGACUUGUAAGGACGGUUUCAAAUUUACGCUGAUACCACCAGAGGAACUCAACAUGCUACAGAGGGUAGUUAAUAAAAAGGUGAGGAAAAAUAAGAAGAAGAAGAAGAAGAAGGGAAAGGGUAAAGGACAGGGAAACAGUAAUGGAAAGCAGAAGGCAAAGGAUGGGGAUGUAUCAGAUGAAGGUAUUGAAGAGAAGAGGAAAAAGAAACUGGGUAAGUCACUGAAAGGGAAACAUUUGCUUCUUGAGAAGGAUGCAUCAACAAGUACAGCAUGCGAGGGAGAGCUGUGUUUGGUCCAGCGUCACAAGCGGCAGAAGACUCAGAAUAGAAAGCGAUGUGCUUUGUUAGUUCGCAACUCUGAGAAUGUGGAUUCUGAAAAUGAUGGCUACAUACCAUAUGAUGGGAAGAGAACAGUACUUGCCUGGAUGGUUGACUUGGGAACCCUGUCACUUAAUUCAAAGUUGAAGUACAUGAACAAGAGGAAGAGAAAAGUGCUGCUUGAGGGUAAAAUUGCAAGAGAUGGAAUUCAUUGUGGUUGCUGUGACAAAACCAUCUCACUUUCAGAAUUUGUAACUCAUACCAGAAGAGAUUAUUCUGAGCCUCUUAGAUAUAUAUUGACAGACUCUGGGUCUUCCCUUUUGCAAUGCCUGCUAAACUCAUGGAAUAAACAGGAAGAGUCUGAACGUUGGGGAUUCCACUUUGUAGAGGUUACUGAGGAAGACCCAAAUGAUGAUACAUGUGGGAUCUGUGGAGAUGGAGGAGAUUUGAUCUGUUGUGACAGUUGUCCAUCAACAUUCCAUAAAAGUUGCUUGGAGAUAAAGAAGUUCCCAUCUGGUGACUGGCACUGUGUAUACUGCUCAUGCAAAUUCUGUGGGAUGUUUGAUGAGAAUAUGUGUCAAAGGGACAGUAGUGAGAAUGUGGUUGCGUCAGCAUUACUUACCUGCCAUUUGUGUGAGGAAAAAUAUCAUCCAUGCUGUAUUCAGGCAAAGGAUGCUGUAAAUGGUGAUUCCAGCAGUCCAUCCUUCUGCGCAAAGAAUUGCCAAGAGCUAUUUGAGAAACUGGAGAGGCUUCUUGGAGUUAGACAUGAAGUGGAAGAAGGGUUUUCAUUGACUCUCCUUCGCCGAUUUGAUGUGGGUGAUAAACCACAGAAGGUUGAUUGCAACUCAAAGCUAAUUGAAUGCAAUGCCAAACUGGCUGUUGCAUUUUUAAUAAUGGAUGAGUGUUUUCUGCCUAUGGUUGACCACAGAAGUGAAGUCAAUCUGAUCCAUAACAUUCUCUAUAAUUGUCGGUCAAAUUUCAACCGACUGAAUUACGGUGGUUUCUUCACUGCAAUUCUAGAGAGGGGUGAUGAGAUCAUAUCUGCCGCAACGAUCAGAAUCCAUGGAAACUAUCUAGCAGAGAUGCCGUUUAUUGGAACCCGCUAUAUGUAUAGGCGUCAAGGAAUGUGCCGCCGGCUUCUAAGUGCGAUUGAAUCUGCUCUCUGCUCUCUGAAAGUUGAAAGAUUGGUCAUACCUGCAAUCUCAGAACUGACGGAAACGUGGACUUCUGUUUUUGGUUUUAAGUCCCUUGAAGAAUCAAGCAAGCAGAAGAUGAAGAACAUGAAUAUCUUGGUUUUCCCUGGUGUAGAUAUCUUACAGAAACCAUUGUUGAACCAGUUAACAGAAAAAAACAAGAGUCCUGUGAAAGGUUUGAGUUUUGCCGAUCUCGAGCAUCACAAAACCAUUAAGGAUGUGGUAUGUAAUACUGAAGAGGGACGUUUGGCUCGAUCUGACAGUGAAGCAACUGCACCUUGUGUGCAUGAAGGAAAUGAUGAGCUUGCUGCUGUUCAAUCCGACACACAGCUUCUCUGUGAUGUUUCUCGUGAUAAUCUGGAGAGCAAGACCAAUACUAUCCCAAUUCCUACUGAUUCAGUGUGUGAUGUUCUUGAACCAACCAAAGAGAUAAAUGAAUGCCAAAAUUCUGCCUCUGUUGCUGAUGUGAGGGCAUUGGAAUUGGUCACCAAACAGAACCAGCCGGAGCUGUUAUGCAAUACUGCUGAGGGUUUCUUGGCUGGAUCAGAUGCUGAGGCAACUGCAUCCUUUAAACACAAGGCAAAUGAUGAACUUGUUGCUGUUCAAUCUGAUACACAGCUUCCUUCUGGUGUUUCACAUGAUAAUGUGGAGGGGGAAAACAAUUCUAUGACAAUUCCUACUGGUCCAAUUAGUGAUGCUCAUGAACAAACUGAAGAUACACAGCUUCUUUGUGGUGUUUCUCAUGAUAACCGGGAGGUAAACAAUACUCUGACAAUUCCUACUGGUUCAAUUAGUAACGGUCAUGAACAAACUGAAGAGAGAAAUGAACAUCAAAAUUCAGACUCUGUUCCUGAUGUUAAGGAAGUGGAAUUGGGCACCAAACAGAACCAAUAUAGCAUGUCUAAAGUGGAAAGGAAAUCUGAUCUUCAUCCUGAAGGUACUGAUUCUGCUAUAGAAGUUCGUUGUGCUUUGGGGGAGGGUACUGAAAACAUUGACCGUAAGGUGAGAAUGGAAGCUGACAUCGUUAAACCCUUUGCUUCAUAUGAAGAAUUUUUUUGCCCAUGUACUGAAAAUAAUGCUACUGAACUGCAGAAUGUAUCUUUAGUUCAUGAAGCCAACGUUUCCAGUGAAAAUAUUGUUCGCACUGGUUCAGAGAUUACAACUCAGAUAUCUCAUGAUGCAAGGGACCAUAAGCAUCAUGAUUCUCAACAUCUGCAGGUUGAAGGAUCUAUUUUCCGUUCAGAUGAAAAUCUGCUUGAGACUUUUGAAGUGGAGAAUAACCAUUCUUUUAUUCAGCACACUUCUAUAGUGACUGAAGGGGUGCAUCCAGAAUCUAUCAAGUGCUCCGACUCUAGAAUUCUGACCAAAACUGGCAAGGUAGCCGGUGAUGGAUUUCACCAGGCUGCUGCGUUGACUCAUGAAGAAGCAGAUGAUUCUAAAGGACAUUCUACAACUUUGCUGCUUGGUAGCAGCAUUAUUUGUACCUCUGGCAAUGGGAAGAACACUCACAAAGUUGUCUCAACUCCAGCUGACAACAACUCUCAUCCUUCUUGUGGGGCUAAUAUCAAUAGUAAUGGGAAUUCCAAUGCCCCUGAUGUCCCUGGUGUCUACUUCACUUCCAAUGGCGCUCAUAUGAACACCAAGUCCUUGCAGCAAUCUGAUAUUGAUAAUAACAGUAUCAGACAGCCCAACUCGAGCAAUACAUGUGCAUCUGGUGGGGGUAACUCAUUUGGUCCUUCAGAGGUGACAAUUUUAUCAAACCAGGGCCAGGCUAGUUGAUCUUAUGUUUAUACACUGACAGGAGGCUUCUGGUAGCAGUCUCUAACAGAAGAGUAACAUUAUUGAAAAAUUGAUAGCUCAUUUUUGUUAUUGUUAGAAGAAAAGAACUACAGUUUUCGGCCCCUCAUUGUUAGGUGGUGAAACCUCAUACACCUGGUUAUGGUCGUUUUCAUAUCAUUCCCAUCGUAGUGUUGGAAGUAAAUAUAUAAUUCCGUUACCCAUACACAGUUGCUAGCUUAGUGCAGUGGCAGGAUUAGAAGUUAGACGCCUUGGAGGGCUGUGUUUCUUUGGCCUCUAGGUGCUUUUUGUAUAUGAAAACUAUCCAUUGCUUGAACUUGAAAACAGAACUUCAUUCUUAUGCUUUAUUACCUUGUUGAAGUUUUC